AUGCCGCUGAAAGAGGACCCGGAGACUGGGGAGGAUCUUGGCAUGACGGGUGGAUUUAGCUGGCGCGAUGAGACGCCUGCCGAGCUCGCCGAAUCUUUUCAUCGGGCCUUGACACAUGGGUUCACGUAUGAGGAAAGAAGCUACGGGUACUGGGGUCCGGACGAAGUAUUGUGGUUGUCUUUUGAUAGGCUAGAGAGCAUACGGAGGAAGCUGGUGGAGGUUGUGGGCGAGUUGGGACUUGGCGGCGCCUUUUCAUGGGGAUUGGAGGAAGACACACCUGAGUUCAAGCAUUUGAGGGCUACUACUGAGUGGUUGGAAGCUUUAGCUCGUGGGAAGAACGGAAAGGAUGAGUUAUGA